AUGGGGCGAAAAUAUUUUCUAGCGACAUUAUUGUCACUUUCUUUGAGCGUUACGGUCCUGUUGUCCGGCUCAGCCUCGGCUCAACUCAAACCAAAUUACUACGCGAAUGUUUGCCCUGACGUUGAGAACAUUGUCAGACGAGCCGUAACCGCUAAGUUCAAACAGACUUUUGUUACUGUCCCGGCCUUAAUCCGCCUCUUUUUCCAUGAUUGUUUCGUCUCGUCUGGUGGGCCCAUGUACACCGUGGAGUUGGGCCGACUGGAUGGGCUGAGUUCAACGGCCGCAAGUGUGAAUGGAAAUCUGCCUCAGCCAGGCUUCAAUUUGAAUCAGCUCAAUGCCAUGUUUGGUUCCAGGGGAUUGUCUCAGGAGGACAUGAUUGCUCUCUCAGCCUGCCACACCGUAGGAUUCUCACACUGCAGCAAAUUCUCAAACCGAAUAUACAAUUUCAGUCGUCAAAACCCGGUCGACCCAACCCUAAACCCACAAUACGCGACCCAAUUGCAGGGAAUGUGCCCAAUAAAGGUGGACCCUAGGAUCGCCAUCAAUAUGGACCCAACCAGUCCAAGGACGUUCGACAAUGCCUACUUUCAGAAUCUUGUCCAGGGCAAGGGCCUCUUUACCUCGGACCAAGUCCUGUUUACGGACACGAGGUCAAGGAAUACAGUUUCUACUUGGGCCUCGAACAGUGGGGCCUUUAAUGCUAGUUUUAUCCAGGCCAUCACUAAAUUGGGCCGGGUUGGGGUCAAAACUGGGAGGGACGGCAAUAUCCGGAUCGAUUGUGGGACAUUUAAUUAA